ACUCGCUGCGAGUGCGACAGAGACGUACGCGCAGUCACAGCCAACCACAGCAGUCAUCGGCAAAUUCUAGUGUGGAAAGAAAUAUCUUCAAGAAUUUAAAUCAGUAAAAUUACAAUGGCCGGGGGAAGCGAGGCAGCAGAAGAAGCGAAACUUUCGGGGUUGUCCAAGAUUUUCAACGCGCAGACCACUAGAGGAAGGGCGAACGUCGCCAUGGCCACUUACGCCUCCGUCGGACUCCUAAUAGCGUACUUCGCACUAAGACCCAAAAAAAGCAAGAAGUAAUUUAGUUGUUCCUGUUACCUACUUAGUAAAUAUAGACUUUCGUUCAACAUUUUUAUUUCAGCAAUAAUAAAUUAGAAGAAGGACAAGAAAA